GUGGUUAAUCUAGACUGUUGUUACUAAUCUGUAGCCUUUGGUGUAACCAAUACAGCUAUAGUCUUUGGUUAAUUGUGUCAGCUGAUUGUUAUAAUUGGACUGGUAAACUUGAAGAGCAGGAGACGACCGAUUAAAAAUUGUAGUCGUUUCUUGUUGUUUUAGGUUAGGAUGUUUCAGUGAGAGUGAAGUGAACUAUAUUUUUGUUGUGAGGAGCGGUGUGGGGGUUUUGUAAGAAAAAUAACUCUAUUUUGGGUUAUGUUCUCAUUUUGCAUGUUUUGUUAUAAUUUGAAAUAUUUUCGUUAUACGCAAGUUGCAUAUUAUUCAUGACGCCUUAACGUAAGAUUCUGUGAAAUGUUAGUGUCUUUCAGGACUAUUUUCAAAAUGAGGAAGUAUCAUCAGUUACUUUUGUUUAUAAUAACCGUAGUGAGUUUGUCAACACUGCUAAUGUAUCGUCGAGAAUAUUUGAAACUAAGAUACGUUUUAGAAGUUUUGAACUAUUUUGGAAGCCCUCAAGGGGGUGGAGAAGAUUGUCUAGUUUUGAACGACACAUAUAUGGAAAAAGAGAGAAAUAAACAUUUAUUUUCACAACCUCAGUCCUCUUGGAUUAGAGUAUCACAACAUUUUGUAUUCUCAGCUUUUUGGGAAACAGAAGGAGAUAGGUUACAUGUCAGAGCUCUUGCUGUGGGGCCACCUUCCGCGUUUACAAAUUAUGAAUGCCACAUAUGGUAUGAUGAAGGUGAUUACCUAAGUUCUGUGAUGGGUAAAUUUGGUUACUCUUUGAGAAAUAUUCCCAAAUUUUACAAUGAAACCAAGGAACGACAAACCAUCAAUAUUUAUGAGCUAUUUUGUGAACCAGUUGAAACACAGUCUAAGGGUGCUCCAUAUGGAUUGGUUUUGAUUCACAAGACAGAUACCACUCGUAUAAAAACAUUCAUAGCAAUAUUCAAAGCUGAAAUUAGUGCACAAAAUAGGCAGGGAAAAGUUGCUGUUUGUGUUCGAGCGGAUGUGUCUGGUGCUUCAAAAUCUAGUAUAGUAGAAUUUAUAAGUUAUCACCAGGCUGUAGGUGUAACUGAUUUUAUAGUGUAUGAAAAUGGGUUACAGUAUAGAAUAUUGUCGGUGUUGGAAUCUUUAACAGGACUAAAAGGGUUUAGUGAAUCAAUUGAAACUCUCCAUUGGAACUUUCCCUACAGUGAUCUUGAUGCAGAAACAACUGUACUUGAAAUGGAUUGUAUUGCAAGGACUUCAGGGCGGGUUGAAACUGUUGCAGUUUUAGAGUGGGAUGAAUACUUGGUUCCAAAAUUGCACCAUUCAAUUACGGAAAUGCUUCAAGAAGCUUCACCUAGCAAGAGAAUCCCUGUACAAUUUGAAUUAGAAUCAUUUAUUUGCUGUACAGAUCUUAAGGAUGAUAAAAGAGCAGAAAAAUCAUGGCCUGUUGCUAUGAGAAAGACUCAACUGAUGAGUAUUAAAGUUAAGAGACAAUUAAUAAUAGAGUAUCCUGUGGUUGGAAUUGAACCCAGUAAACUUAAACUUCCAUCAACCACAGGUGCAAUUCUUAUAUAUAGACCGUGCAGUGGUAUAAAAACUGUAACUAAAUAUGAUCCAAUAAUGGCUAGGUAUUUAGGAAGCAUGAUUACCAGCAAGCUGUUCAAAUUGUGGAAAUCAGGUUCUCUCUUAACGGAGAAUCAUGACAAACAUUUGAAUAUAAAUUAAAGUUUUAAAAGUAAGAGGUAAAAAGCAUUGGCCUAAAUUAAAGGUUGUAGUACUUGUUUUAUGUUGAGUUUUUGUUGUCUAUUUUAAGUAUGAAAGAUUGUAGUUCUAUUCUAAAUCAACACAUUUUGGAGUUCUGUUGGAUCUAAUGUGUAAUGAAAGCACAAAUUUUUACCCAUUAUAAGUUAACUGUAGUAGGCUUCUUAUAUUUAAUAAUGUUCUAAUCAUAUUUUUAUGUGCAUGUAAUAUCACUGUUAACAAAUGUGUAGGUCACAUAGACUAGGUAUUUAAAAUAUGCACUGUUCUCUCAAAAUUGAGUUAAAUAUAGCCUAACUUGAACGUAUAUUGCACAUUUUGGCUCUUGUGUGCUUGUUUUAAUUUUAACUUCACUUUUAAUUUGGAGAUUAUAUAUAAUAACAACUAUAUGAAGUAGUGCCAGCUACAAGAAAAUGGGUUAAUCUUUGUGAUAUUCUGGGAUCCUAUGUUUAACCCUUUCGAUCCCAACAUUUUUUUGUAUGUAUUUGACUGAAUCCCCACUACCUGCCGCUGAGUUGUUUGCUUGACUCCCAACCAUAUUUCACUAAAAAUGUGAGUUUUCUAAAAAUUACCUGGAAUUAUUGCCCAAUAAAGUCCAGUCUAUUACUCUAAAUUUAUUAUAUUAAACUAAAUUUUCUAAUCAUGCACAAAACUUCUUUAUGAGAAAAAAUUUUGCUCACGUUGUGCAUUGUCGAAAAAUCACAUUAAGAGUACCGAAAGUUAUAAUUUUGUAGACCAGCUCAUUAAGAGCAUAUACUCUAAUAUAUAAGGAAUAUCUGAACAUCUUAAAAUAGGAUGUCGGAAUCAUACACAAAUAUAUACCUCGUUCCAAAAAUUGGACAUUGAGAUCAUAUGCAAAUUACGAUUCAUCCUAAAAAUAGAAUGUUAGGAUCAAUAGGGUUAACUUAUUUAUUAAGUAGGAAAAUCAUUAAUUAAUAAUCUACAUAAUAUCUCCUGUUAGUCUAUGUAAUACAUAAGCUGAAAAUUAUCAAACACCAAAACCAUUCAUCCAUUCACAUGUUAUGUGAUCAAUUCAAGUUAUGUGACUUAUAAUUCAUUUUGAUUACAUAUGCAAUUUGCAAUUUAAAUUACAUAUUUAGCAUUACUAUACAAGCACUUCAAAUCAAUAAAGAUAUGUGAAUCACAGACCAAGAUAUUUUAUAAAUACACACAUGACUUACUUGGUAACAAAUUUAUUUAUCUUCUACAGGCCUAUUUAACAAUGUACCUAUUUCACACCAAGGUACACCACCACUUUCUUGCAAUUCUGUUGAUCCGAAUACUUUAAAAUUACAUGAAAUAAUUCAAUAUUACCUUUGGUACACGAGAAUAGCUUUGUUAUGUAGUUGUUGCAUUACAUAAUAUUUAUUUUUAUCAAAAGUAUUUUGCAUAUUGUAUGUUUUGUUACUAGCAUAGAAGACCAUGUGCAUAUGCCCUCAAUAUAAGCCCAAUUAUAUAUAAUGCCUAGAUACAUUGCAAGGUAAUAUCUUAAAUUUCGUGUGCAUGUUGAAAAACAACCUAGUAACAAAGCAUUUGGGUUAAUCAGAGUGGAAGUAUAGUAGCUCAGACAGGUGUAAUUUGAACAUGGUUUUCAACUUAUUAAAAUGCUAAAGUAAAUACAGCUGACCUAACAUGAUAUUUGACAACAAUCAGCUGUAAGAAUAAUUUGAUCUGUUUUGGGGGUAAACUAUAUUGAUUUAGUGCAAGAGAACAACAUUACUGUGUCAAUAAUUCCAGUUAGUCAAAUAAUGUUAUUUAAAUUUAAGACUCAGAAUGUUAUUAAUUUGGAAAAAGUUAUUGUAAAAUUAAGGUCUCUUAAAUUAGUAAAAAAAUUUUAAUGUAUAAGAAAUAAGUUAACCUGCAUGUAUUUUGUUGUAAAAACUUUGUUUUAUUUCACGUUUACCAAAUCUACUACAACCUAAAACAAUUAAUGUAAUUGAACUCUUACUUUUAAAACAUCUAAAUAUCACUUAGGUAUUGUUUUUAUUUUUUUACUAAACACCAUAGGUAUAAUAAUUAAGUUUAAAACUUAAGAUAUUUUAGUUUUACUGAUUUAGAGAGAUUCAGUGUUUCAUAUCAAAUUAUUUUUUAGUGUUAUCUCAAUUAGUAUUAUUUGUGUCAAUAGCCUAAAUAUGUGAUUUAGAAGACUUGAGAAAAUCGUGUAUAUAUUUUGUAAAAUAUACCGUAGUUAAAGUUUA